GAGACAUUUUCCUCCAGACACCAAAGAGGAGCAACAACUCAGGAUGACUGAAAUCUGCAAUCCCUCAGAAAAUGAAUUGUCACCAUUUCUCAUUGCCUUAAUUUUAAUAGUUACAGGUACUGAAUUCAUCAUUGGUUUUGUUGCAAACGGAUUCAUCACGGCUAUAAAUGCAGCUGAAUGGGUUUGGAAUAAUUCAGUUUCCACAAGUGACAGGAUCCUGUUUUUCCUGAGUGUAUCCAGAAUAGCUCUCCAAAGCUUCGUGGUGGUAGAAAUUACAUUCAGCACAACAACCCUAAAUUUUUAUAAUAAAGAGGCUUUAUAUGAUGCAUUUAAAAUAAUUUUCAUGUUCUUAAAUUUGUGUAGCCUGUGGUUUGCUGCCUGGCUCAGUUUCUUCUACUUUGUGAAGAUUGCCAAUUUCUCCUACCUUUUCCUCAAGUUGAGGUGGAGAAUUUCUGAAUUGAUGCCCUGUCUUCUGUGGCUAUCAGUGUUGAUUUCCCUCAGCCACAGCCUGCUCUCCUGCAUAGACAUCUACACUCUGUACUGUAACGAUUCCUCCCCUGUUCCCUCCUCCAACUUCACUAAGAAAAAAUACUUCUCUGAGACUAAUGUGGUCAACCUGGCUAUUUUCUAUAACCUGGGGAUUGUCAUUCCUCUGAUCAUGUUCAUCCUGGCAGCCACCCUGCUGAUACUAUCCCUCAAGAAACACAUCCUACAUAUGGAAAGCAAUGCCACGGGCUCCAGUGAUCCCAGCAUGGAAGCUCACAUGGGGGCCAUCAAAGCCAUCAGCUACUUUCUUCGUCUCUACAUUUUUAAUGCAGCUCUAUUUAUCUAUUUCUCCAACAUCUUUGCUGUCUACAGUUUCUGGGAUAUUUUGUGCAAAAUCAUAAUGGCUGCCUACCCUGCAGGCCACUCAGCUCUACUGAUUCAGGACAACCCUGGGCUGAGAAGAGCCUGGAGCAACUUCGGCCUCGUGUUCAUCUUUAUCCAAAAGACUAGACCCUGUGACUAG